AUGGAUCGAACCUACGCCGUAGACACAGGUCACCGACCGGGUCUUAAAAAAUCAAGGAUGUCUUGGCCAUCCUCUUUUCAGGGAUUUAGACGCUUCGAUGUUGACAACGGCAUGUCGUCAGGCAGGAGUCCGCUGGACCCCAUGACAAGCCCAGGAUCAGGACUCAUCCUGCAGGCCAACUUUGUGCACAGCCAGAGGAGAGAAUCCUUCCUGUACCGAUCAGACAGCGACUAUGAGCUGUCGCCCAAGUCCAUGUCCAGAAACUCCUCCAUCGCCAGUGACAUGAAUAACCACCUGCAGAGGCCAGGCCUGGUCUCUCGGAGGUCUGAGCCGGUUAUUAGUGGAAACCAUGGGGAUGACCUGAUUGUCACGCCGUUUGCGCAGGUGCUGGCAAGUUUGAGAACUGUCCGAAAUAAUUUUGCUGCAUUAACCAACUUGCAGCAAGACAGAACCUCGAACAAACGGUCUCCCAUGUGUAACCAGCCGCCCAUCACGAAGGCCUCGUUUACGGAGGAGGCCUACCAGAAGCUGGCCACCGAGACCCUGGAGGAGCUGGACUGGUGCCUGGACCAGCUGGAGACGCUGCAGACCAGACACUCCGUCAGUGAGAUGGCCUCUAACAAGUUCAAGAGGAUGUUGAACAGAGAGUUGACCCAUCUGUCUGAAAUGAGCAGAUCUGGAAAUCAGGUCUCCGAGUACAUAUCCAACACCUUUUUAGACAAGCAGCACGAUGUGGAAAUGCCCUCCCCCCAGACGCAGAAGGAGAAGGAGAAGAAGAAAAAGCCCAUGUCUCAAAUUAGUGGUGUGAAGAAAUUAAUGCAUAGCACCAGCCUCUCCAAUUCCAACAUCCCUCGAUUUGGGGUCAAGACGGAUACAGAGGACUCCUUAGCCAAGGAACUGGAAGAUAUAAACAAAUGGGGCCUUAAUGUUUUCAAAGUCUCAGAAUUUUCCGGAAACCGGCCGUUAACGGUGAUGAUGUACACCAUUUUUCAGGAGAGGGACUUAUUGAAAACGUUUAAAAUUCCAUUAGACACUUUUAUAACCUACCUGAUGACCUUAGAAGACCAUUACCAUGGAGACGUGGCGUAUCACAAUAACAUCCACGCUGCUGAUGUCACCCAGUCCACGCAUGUGCUGCUGUCCACGCCGGCUUUAGAGGCUGUGUUCACAGACCUUGAAAUUCUAGCUGCCAUUUUUGCCAGUGCAAUCCACGAUGUCGAUCACCCCGGUGUCUCAAACCAGUUCCUCAUUAACACCAACUCCGAGUUGGCUUUGAUGUACAAUGACUCAUCGGUACUGGAGAAUCACCACCUGGCCGUGGGUUUUAAGCUGCUUCAGGAAGAGAACUGUGACAUCUUCCAGAACCUGACCAAAAAACAAAGACAAUCCCUGCGGAAGAUGGUCAUUGACAUUGUUCUAGCUACUGAUAUGUCCAAACACAUGAAUCUCCUGGCUGAUCUGAAAACGAUGGUCGAAACAAAGAAAGUGACCAGCUCCGGAGUUCUCCUCUUAGAUAAUUAUUCAGACAGAAUACAGGUUCUCCAAAACAUGGUGCACUGCGCAGACUUGAGUAACCCCACGAAGCCCUUGCAGCUGUACCGACAGUGGACGGACCGCAUCAUGGAGGAGUUCUUCAGCCAGGGUGACAGGGAGAGGGAGCGAGGCAUGGAGAUCAGCCCCAUGUGUGACAAACACAACGCCUCUGUGGAGAAGUCACAGGUGGGCUUCAUAGACUACAUAGUGCAUCCGCUCUGGGAGACGUGGGCUGAUCUGGUGCAUCCCGACGCCCAGGACAUUUUGGACACACUGGAGGACAACAGGGAGUGGUACCAGAGCACCAUACCCCAGAGCCCCUCUCCCGCCCCGGACCAGCCCGAGGACGGCAGCCGGCCCGGCGGGGCGGAGAAGUUCCAGUUUGAGCUGACCCUGGAGGAAGACGGCGAGUCCGACACGGAGAAAGACAGCGGCAGCCAAGCCGAAGAGGAGGAGGACGAAGAGGAGGAGGACGAAGAGGACAACAGCUGUAGUGACUCCAAAACUCUUUGCACUCAGGAUUCUGAGUCGACGGAGAUCCCGUUGGACGAGCAGGCAGAGGUGGAGGUGGAGGAGGGCGAGGAGGGUAUCUCUGAAGGGCUCUCCACGGAGCCCAGUAUUGUGGAGGAGGAAGAGGAGGAGGAGGAGGAGGAGGAGGAAGAGGACAGACAGGCUGCUAAUACAUAGCAGUGCGCCAGACCUGAACUAACUGCCAUUCUUCUAAUGGCAAGGGGAAAAGAAUGAUAAGAAUAAACGAAAGAAAAGGAAAAAAAACGAUUCAUGAUGAUAAGUUCCAAAGCGUACGUUGCACUCCACAACUCUUGGCCACUCCUCACUCUCAGAGCUGCCUGCAGAAGGGAGAACACAGAGACUCGAAUUUGUCCGUUUUUUGCACUCAGGAAUAACUUUUAG